AUGGACAAACUCGACCAGGAACUAGAGAAACUAAAACGGAUACAUGAUAAGCACAGCCAGCAGAAUCCGAAGCAGGAACAUCCAAAGCGGGCUCUAGUCGGAGUAGCGCCCCUUCGUGGUAAUUCUCUCGAUACCCAAUGGGUCGCAGCCAUGGAGAUUGGGUCUCCGCCGCAGGAGUUCUCGGUCGUCUUUGAUACUGGUAGCAGUGACCUCUGGAUCCCUUCAACGAGUUGUCAGACUUUGACAUGUAUGACCCUUCGGCGGUUCAACCCUGCUCGAUCAAGUACGUUUCAUCAGGAUGGAAGGCCUUGGUCAAUCAACUAUGCAGACGACUCCAAAGUCUCGGGUGUGCUGGCCACGGACAAUAUCAAAGUUGCAGGAAUAACGAUUAACGACCAGACCUUUGGCAUGGCUUCUGUCAACUCGGGAUCUACAGCCGCCACCGGAGUAGACGGGAUCAUGGGACUCGGUUUCAACUCUAACAGCGAAAUGGGCAAUGUCAAUACACCCAUAACGAACAUGAUUCUGCAGAACCAGAUUGACCAGCCCAUUGUAUCGGUAUGGCUCAACAAGGCAUCGGACCAGGACGCAUCACUAUCCAACGGCGGACAGUUCAUUUUCGGAGGCGUCGACCCAUCGCUCUACGUCGGACCCAUCACCUACGUCCCCGUCACAUCGUCAAAGGAAUGGCAGAUUUCCAUCGAUCAAGUCUUUAUCGGACGCAAGGAACUCUCUCUCUCCAGCGCAGCUUCCUCGGCAAUUGUCGAUACUGGAUCUUCAUAUAUCUUGUUCCCCGAUUACUUGGCAACGGCGUUCCAUCGAGCGAUCCCUAACUCGCAGUACGACAGCAAAUUGGGCUGGUGGAUCCCCUGUUCCCUGGCCAAUUCGCGGUCGGUGGGGGACUUGACGUUUGUGUUGGGCGGGAAGAAGUUUAGUGUGCCCUUGUCGGAUAUUGUGAUCCUCAAGUCGGCCUUUAAUAAUUACUGUCUGAGCGCCAUUGAUUCUUGGCAGGAGCUUGCUGGCCAUGGCGGUCAGUCUGGUAUCUUGUUGGGAGACUUAUUUGUCAAGAACCAGUAUGUGGUCUACGACUAUCAAAAGGAACAGAUUGGAUUCGCGGAAAAGGUCGAUAUGGCACCUGGAGGGAUCAAUUUGAACGCCAAGAGCAUUGCGGGAUCUGGAUGGGAUGCUCUUAGGGCAAGUAGUCGGGACUUUCAAGUACUUGCUAUGGCCCUUGGAGGUGUCUUGAGUUUUCUUUUUGCAAAUGUCCUUUAG